UCUCAUAAAUUUUAUUCUCUUUAUUUUCUUACUAUUAUCUUGAGUAAGAAUGCCGCCGAAGAGGUCAUCCAAAGGAAAACAAAAAAUUGAGUUGAAAAAAAUUGAGAAAAAGGAUGAUCUCUUUGUUGCAUUUACAACGAGAAAGUCUGGAAUUUUCAACAAGGCCUCUGAGUUAACAACACUUACAGGGGCCUCAGUUGAUAUUCUCAUGCUUUCUCCAACGGGAAAACCAUUUUGUUAUGGAGAUCCGUCUUCGGAAUCUAUAACAAAAACAAUUUUGAAUGAAAAUCCUUCAAUGGAAGAGGAAAUGAUGAAACCUGAGAUUAUAGAGCAAAAUGAAAAAAAUGAUGAUCUUUUGGAUAAAAAGCAUGUUGCGGAAGCACAACGUAAAAAUUUGAAGAUGAUGGAAACUUCUGGAUAUUGGUCGACAACAAAGGACCAAUAUGAUCAAGUGAAAGAAAUUGACAAAUCCUUAGUUGCUGUUACAAAUAAAUUGAUAACCAAUGUCUUGAAAACUGGAGGAGAGAUUCACCCUGAUGCAAUUUCUACCAUUGAGGAACUGAAUGGAGUCAAAACAAAUCUUCCUUAUGUCUUUGAGGACAACACCAAAGAUCAUGAAGUUGGUGCAAGUAAAGAUAUGGUUGCUAACGCUUCUCAAGACAUAGCUACAAAAAAAUCACAAGGAGUCAACCUUAUUGGUGUAAGUGGAAUAGGAUAUGGAAGUGGUGUUGAUCAUACUUCUCCAGAUAUAUGACAUGGUAGAAGAACCUUCUGUGUGUAUGAUCAGAUAAACAUGCAUUGGUCUAGACUAUGGCUUCAACUAUUUUAUCAUUUGGAUGGUUCCUGGUUUAUAUUUACCUAUAUUGUGUCUCAAAUAAGUUAUUUGUUUUUCUUUAUUAUUAUUUUAUGGUCCAUUUUUAGUGUUGUUGUAUUGUGUGUGAAUUGUGGUCUAUUAUGAUUAUGAUGUAUUUUUUAGACUUUUGAUAAUGAUUCUAUUUGUUUUGAAUAACUUUGUAUUUUUUUAAUAUAAA